CAUAAGAAAAAAAUAACAUGCGAAAAAAAGACCCAAAAAAGGCAUGCAGUUCAUCUACUUCCUACUUACCUACCUACAUAUAAAGGUACUUAACCACGAUUACCUAGAUGCAUUGAAGGACAGACACUCGUGUGAGACCUAAAUAAUCUGAAUCUAUUACUUGGAUUCAACGAAACCUGGUGUUGAACUCGGUCUUCAUUCCAGUAGCACACACUCGUUGCGCUCUCCCCUCGACAACAGGGAAUCGUAACAAAGUUGUCAAAUAAGCAGAGCCAGGUGGAAUAAGCUACACUACACUACCUAGGUACUACAAUUGUUGCUUAGGUAUUGCCGUGCCGUCAAUUAUAGUACCUUGCACCUGGGCAAUCGUCAAAAUCUACCUGAGUAAUUACGCUGUUUUUGCGAGAUGUCCAAAGUCUCUCCAUUUCUUGACCCGGGGCCGCUGACUACGCCCGGUGCCCUUGCGCUUGUUCACCUCUCACGCGACAACGUCGUUCCUGUUUAUCUGAAAAAUGAUUCAGGAAACACGGUGGAUGGCUAUACAGAAGGCUCCGUCAUCAACACCCGCUUCGGUUCAUUUCCACAUUCAACACUCAUCAGUCAGCCCUGGGGCUCACAGAUUCGCGCUUCCAUUGUAGAUACUGGGUCGAGAGGUCGAAAACGCAAGCUGGGGAACGUCGUCGACCCUGACACUACGGGGAAUGACACAGAAGCCGUCGCUUCUAGCACCAGCAAUCCAAAGGAUGUCAGGACAGCUCCCACUGGUUUUAUCCAUGUUCUUCCGCCAACUCCUGAAAUCUGGACGUCAAGCUUGCCUCACCGGACCCAGGUCGUCUACACUCCCGACUAUAGCUACAUCUUACACCGUAUCCGCGCACGGCCCGGGACUCAGCUGAUUGAGGCUGGCUCGGGGAGUGGGAGUUUUACCCAUGCCGCAACAAGGGCAGUCUAUAAUGGGUAUCCAAAGAGCUUUGGAGAUAAGAGAGGAAAGGUCUGGAGCUUCGAAUUCAACCACGAUCGUUUUCUAAAGAUGCGAGAGGAUGUCCAAGACCAUCGUCUAAGUGGCCUUGUUCAAGUUACCCAUCGAGACGUGUACAACGACGGCUUCCUUGUGGAUAACCAAAGUCCAGAGGCUGAAUGCAUCUUCUUAGACGUCCCGGCGCCCUGGCAGGCUCUACCUCACUUGUCGCGUACGAAGCCAACACCUUCUCAGCUGGCUAGCUGUGGAUUGGAACCUCUAAAUGACGCGUCUGAUAACUGGGUAUCUCCGCUAUGCGCAGAUCAAACUGUGCAUAUCUGUACAUUUUCUCCUUGUAUUGAACAAGUCACUAAGACCGUUGAGGUCAUGCGUCGCUUGGGCUGGAUGGAGAUUGAAAUGGUUGAAGUCGCCCAAAGGAGGAUAAAUGUACUGCGCGAAAAAGUUGGAUUGAAUAUGCCUUUAGAACGAGGUACAAAUCAAUCGCCUCGGAAUGUGGUGGAAGCCGUGACGAGGCUGAAACAAAUCGAUAGCCGGUUUAAAGAGCACCAUAAGAGCAGACAGGAUACCGAUGUCAAUAUGGAAGACAUUGAUGCUGAAACUAGCCACGAGGACCAGACUGGCGCUGCUGACGAUGCGGCAAAGGAUCUUGAUUCGGGCGAUUCAUCUAUAUCAAAGCCCUGGAUGGCUGGACGACUAACUCACCGCACUGAAGCUGAGAUCAAGACGCAUACAUCUUAUCUUGUCUUCGCUCUGCUUCCCCAGAAAUGGUCAGAAGAGCAAGAAGCUGCUGCUUUUGAGAAGUGGCCUUGUGGAAAAGAGAGCAAAGUGAUCGGUAGUCUGGACAAAGAGACUCGUAAGAAAGAGAAGCGUGAACUGCUAUGUGGGAAUAAACAGAAAAAGAUGGCUGCUUCUAGUACCUCGAGUCCUGUAGCGAAGAAGAGCAAAAUCUGAUCAAUCGAUCUUUUCUACAAACGAAAUAGAAUCGCAUUAUACCCAAUUUAAUACAAUUCAACCAUCGUUGAUGAUCGUCCCGCAU